UUUGGGUCGCUUGAAGUUCAAGCCUUGAGCAUGGUAAUACUUGAUGGAAAAGGCACAGGGUGUUUAAUAACAACGACUGCACACAGGGCGGCUCGCUGCAUUUCAACUACAAGCCACACUGGCAACACUGCUCCGCACACACCUGGCAACACCGAAGCAAGUAGAGAAAAGAAGGCGACGAGACACUGGCAACUGGCAACUGGCAAACUGCAAAUUCGACGCCGCACGUACCGGGAGCAUUUAAAUAAUUUUGUGUGGAUAAUUUUACCGAAAAGGCACCAACACAAUGACUGAGCGCGAGAACAAUGUGUACAAGGCGAAGCUGGCCGAGCAGGCUGAGCGCUACGACGAAAUGGUGGAGGCCAUGAAGAAGGUCGCCUCCAUGGACGUCGAGCUUACUGUGGAGGAGCGCAACCUGCUGUCGGUGGCGUACAAGAAUGUGAUCGGAGCACGACGUGCCUCGUGGCGCAUCAUCACCUCGAUCGAACAGAAGGAGGAGACUAAGGGUGCCGAGGAGAAGCUGGAGAUGAUCAAAACCUACCGCGGACAGGUGGAGAAGGAGCUGCGCGACAUCUGCUCGGACAUACUGAACGUGCUCGAAAAGCAUCUCAUUCCAUGCGCCACAACCGGCGAAAGCAAAGUAUUCUACUAUAAGAUGAAGGGCGACUACCAUCGCUACCUGGCCGAGUUCGCCACCGGAUCGGAUCGUAAGGAUGCGGCGGAGAAGUCGCUGAUUGCCUACAAGGAGGCCAGCGACAUUGCCAUGAACGAUCUGCCCCCAACACACCCCAUCCGCUUGGGAUUGGCUUUGAACUUCUCGGUGUUCUACUAUGAGAUACUCAACUCCCCCGACCGCGCCUGCCGCUUGGCGAAAGCCGCUUUCGAUGAUGCCAUUGCCGAGUUGGAUACACUGAGUGAAGAAAGCUACAAAGACUCUACACUCAUCAUGCAGCUGCUGCGAGACAACCUCACAUUAUGGACGUCCGAUAUGCAGGCAGAAGAAGUAGACCCCAACACAGGUGACGGCGAGCCGAAGGAUACCCAGAUUGCGGAUCCCGAAGAGCAGGAUGUGUCGUAAUUUAAGUAAACCCCCGCCCUUCCAUUUAAAAACACAUUAUAUACCUUCUAAAAGUAAAUAUAAUACCAUAUAAUAUAUAUGCAUACAACAAGAACACAACAACAACAACAACAACACCGAACCAACACGGCAGCAACAUCCGUAAUCAACGAACGACAAAAACAAGGGCAGUGAAGGAAUAAUGUAAGCAACAGCAACAGCAUCAACAACCAACAACAACAAGCAAUCCAGCAUGCAACAAUUCAUCGACAGAACGAGGAACAGAGAACGACGAGAACCAACCCGAAAUUCAGCACAAAAAGCUAAAAAUUAAUAAAACGCGCUUGAAACUGGGGCGGCAUGGUGGGCGUGGCUGCUGUUGCUACUGCAUGACUCGCGAAAAACUAUGUGGCAGGCACUUAAGGGGCAUCUUGUCGUCGUCUCGUGCUGGCUUCCGAAAAUAAAGCAUAAAACAGCAACCACUCUACUACAUUUGAAAUUUUUGCAUUCGAGAAACAAAAGCAUUAUAUUAUAUUUAAAUAAAUAUUAUAUUUAAUUAUGAGAAGCAAAAAAACAAAACAAAUAAACUUCAUUUAAACCACAAAAACAAAGCUAAAACAAAAACACAUAAUGAAAAUCGAGAAACAAUCACAAGUAAAUGAAAAUUUCAUCGAGUUGGCAUGCAUUCAUUUUUAAACUAAUAAAGCAAGUUCACAUCAAAAAAUAAAUAAAUCUACACAGCAGCAACACAUAAAAUACAACUUUAAUUUUAAGCCCAUAAUAAAAAGAGAAAGAGAAAAUAAAAUCGAAAACAAAAACGAAAACGAAAACAAUUUAAUAAGCGCAAACAUAAAAAUUAAACGAAAAUGUAAGAAAGAGUACAGCAAUUAAUUUAAAUUUAAUACAAAUAAAACAUAAAAGCGUAAACGAAACGAAACGAAAUGAGCAACCAGAAUGAAAGACCGAAAUAAAGCUAAAAACUAUAUUAAAUGAGAAAAAGGAAUGUUAGUUAAGCGAAAUUCAAAACGAAUUCUUAAGCUUAAAUUUGUAUGUAUGUAAGUGUAUUGUUCAGACACCGAGACACUCGCACAGCCACACACCCAUACACCCACAUACCCACACACACAUACAUACGCACAGACAUGCAACACACCCACAGGACUCCCACAGACACCCACAUUACACACAACACGCAUACGAACCGUUGGUUUUCUCUUAACGUUUCCUUGCUCUCUUACUACAUUUUGUUUUAGCAUGAUCAUAUGAAAUCGAACGGGAAUAUUGUUUGUUCUGUUUUUUGCUUUUCGUUUUGUGUUUUCCAUCGCAAUCGCAGUCUAUUUUUCUCAUCUCUUUCCUUGCGCAACAAACAAAACAUAUUAAUAAUAUAGAAAAGUAUUUGUAGUUACUAAAUACAAAAAAAAAAAAACAAAAAAAACGGUACAUAUAUAUUGUAUACAUAUAUACUUGUAUAUUUUCUAUGCCUACCACUUAUGUAAUUUGUAGAGAUUUCGAAUUUUUCCAAGAAUCUCCCUUCCAGCCCCAAAACUCCUCCAGAAUAUCCUUUCCGGCGACACACUGUCGGCAUUUAAAUCCGAAGCCCAAUUCCACAACAAAAGAAAUACCAUUUAGUUUAGCCAAAAAACAAAAAAACUGAAUCCCCAACAUCAAAAGCAGCAUUAUCUGUAGCGUGUUUGCGUGAUUAGCGAGGAAAUAUAAUGACAACGGAAAAUGUUGGUCGAGAGCAGAACAGGAAAGUUUCGCACGAACUUUUUUGCAGCUCUUCAUGAUAAAUGAGGCGCGCAGAAAAGAGGCCAGACUAAUAUUUCGCAGUUGCUAGAAAUGCUAGAAAGAAGAGGCCCGUGCAGAAAGUUAAUUAAGCAUAAAUCAGCAGCAAAAACAACCGCAAUACAAAUACAAGAAACCAGCAGCUAAACUGACAUUCGUAUUCAUUUCAAAUAAAAAUCAUAAAAAACAA